ACACUCGUUUGACCCACCACGAACAUGCCUUUUGCGAAGCAGAGCAGGCCCAAGUUGACCAAGACACGGAGCAGUGAGAACACACCAGUGUCUGACAGCUUCGAUGCCUACUUCGGCAGCAACCCAUCCCGCCGCUCUUUUGCCGAAUCGAAGAACGGAGGCCACCCGACACUGCCAAGGUCAUUGACUUUGCCAGAGGACACAAACCCAGCACCGUUCUCGCCAUCGAUCCACAAGUAUCGCUUGCCGAAGAGAGCCUCUGCUUCCACAUUGAACAUGGAUGCAACGAAGAGCCCUUCCACUACGACUGUGAACAGUGUUGAUACCAAAAAGGCUGGAAACGAGGCAUGUCUACAGUCUCCAAGAUCGCCAGGCCUGGCAGAAAGCAUGAACAAGAUCGACGUCGAACAGGCCAUUCAUCUCCUGCAAGAAUUGAGGAAAUCCGCUUCGCCAGAAGAACUCGUAUCGUUGCACAAAGCUCUUCUUCCCACCAAAGAGGUCUCGUCGGUACAGCAGCCUCCGCUGUCCUCAAUCGAUGAGCACUCCGCAUACUCCUCUUACUCAGGCCGACCACGAUCGAUGCGCCCUCCAGGACUGGCCACUCGUGGCAGUUUCCUUGAAGAUCCACUCAGAUCACAGGAAGAGGAAGCAGCGAAAACGCUCAAGCAAAAGGAAUCCAAGGAGCAGCACGGAGCCUGGUUUCAAGAGACCAUGUCCGCAGUUCACGCGCGAACUAUGUCAAUGACGAGCACAGGCACUGCACCAGAAUCCGCCUACAAUCGGACCAGUGGUGCUUUUGGCCUCGGCACUUUGCGAAUCAUCAAUGGCGGAUGCGCAUCACCAGAGCCGGCUUCCAGAUCUAAUACCCGGUCGGUGUCGAAUCCUACAAUCACGCAUGAUGAAAGUCCGCCACGAACGAAACCGGGAAGACGCUCAGAAGAAGCGCCUAUGCCGGCAGCGGAGACACGACUUCGUCUUGAUAUUGCUCGCCGCCACAGCCAGAAUUCGACUGGUUCACCGACGUGCUCUCCCCUCAUGCAACGUCGACAGCAGCAAUGGGGACUGCGUACUUCUCAGCCAAUUCGGGAUCUGGCGAGCGUUGUGCGACCAGAUGCGCAGAAACCUGAAGAGGUAGAAGUAAAGCCUGCGCAGCAACAAGAAGCUGUUGGUGAGGUCCAGUCUGCCAACAACGCUGCAAGUGAAUAUCGUGCAUUGAUCGGAAGUCCUCGAUUUGAACAGAGAUGGAAGCAGAGAAGCAGCCAUUUGGUUGUGCAGCCAGUGCCCAAUCUGCGACACGAACGGUCUCAUGAACUAUCAGCAAGUCCCGAGCGUUUGCAUCCUGUCCAGUCCGACGAUCUCGAGAACGGAACCAAAGCUGCUGAAGGCCCUUCGCAAGCACUGAAGCAGCUCGAGGCGCCCGUCGCAGAUGCGGUCGAGCAGGAGCAACCGCUGGCCCACGACGUCGAAGGAAUCUCGGCAGCUAUGGACGACACAAACUCCAAUGCGCCGCCUAAAUUCUCGUUCGAUGAAUUACCGCGACCAAAGAUUGUGCAGAAACAGGACAGCGGCUACGGCUCAGAUGUCUCAAGUGCAUCACCACGAUAUACCAAGGUUGCUGCUACGAGUCAGCCUUCAUCGCCCGCACCACCUCCGACGGCCACUGCAGAAACUGCAACAAAGAGUGCUUCUGGCGACGUCACUACUGUCAAAUCCCCUGUCGAUGCUGCGGAGGAUCGACAAAUGCCCAAAGAAAAGGUGCGAGACUCUGGCGCUUUGCUGAAGACGCCAGAGCCCCCUACAGUGAUUACCAAGAAGAAACGACUUUCUCCUUUGUCCAUCUUCCGGUCACGCAACCGUGCAGAGAAGAGGAAAAGCACCAUCGACAGUCCACCCAGUGUUGUGACAGCGUCCCCUCCGCAAAGCGUGCAAGGCAGUCCUAGCCCCACGAAAGCAUCUCCACGAACGCUGCAGAAAAGAAUGCCUGAGCACAACGCGAAGAAAUCAGGUUGGGAUAAGCCACGAAGCUCUUUGCAUUCUACGCGACAGAGUGGAAGCACAACAGCUGUGAAUGUGCCAGUUGUACCUGCCAAACAGAGCCCGGAAAUCAUGUCCCCACUGUCACUCACCAACGAUGUAAAGUCAGCCUCACCGGGUAAGAAAGCAUCUGAUGAAGAACCUGCGCCUACCAAGACCGGGACAAGCUUGUGGGCUCGAAGGAGAAAGAGUGCUGAUCCAAGUACGACACUCCACGAGCUAGCUGAAGAGCAACAGACUGUAGCGACUCCGCUGCCACCUACUUCGAACACUGCAGAAAGACGCCGAAGCAAGAGUCUAGCAGGACCUGGAACGCCUAUGGCUAAGCGUUGGGGCCCGGAGCCAACAUCAUACGCUAGCUGCAUGCGCAGCAGUGGGAACAACGCGAAACCAAAGUUGCUCAUAGCGUCUGAAGCGCAGCCCUUCGCGAGGACCCCGGACGCUGUUCCUCAGCAGAACGAACUGAGCAGUGCAACAGCGUCAGUGCCAAAGGCAGUGCGCAAAGCGAGUCUGCGCAGCAAGAAGAGUCGAGAGACAAUGGCAAAGUCCGUGACGAACGACGCAACCACUCCGUCUGCUGAGCGGCCAGCGUCUUGUCGUGCUCAGAAAUCCGUGGAAGACUUCUACCCAGAGUGGCAAGGCAAGCCCGCAUCAGAAGCAUCAUCACCUGCAGCGCUCGAAGCGCAGAUAGCCAAUGCGCUUCCCCCAGCCAUCUCGUACAAGUCGUCUAGAGCCGAUGCCAUUCCUCCGAUUCCUGAACUGCCAGCUGAUAUCGACGCGAUAAUAUGCAAGGCAGACCUUAUGAUAACGAAGAAAUUGAGAAAUAGCCCAAAGAUGUCUCCAAGGGCUUCUGCUAGGAACAGUGUUGACUCAGGCAGGAAGAAAUCAGAGGAUCAGAAUGCACAGCAAAUCUUCACUGAGGAUGAGCUCAAGAACAUGUUAUUCUCGCAGACCGUUGUUGGUGAGCCGCCGUUCGCAGAAGCGCCAGGCGAUAAUGAAAUUCCGGUCGAGGCAGAUAGCAAGCCUAUUCAUCGACGACAGUCCAGCGCUGAGCUUGCGAGCAACGCGGCAGAGGCUAGACCUGAAGCAAAGGCUGAGGCCAUGACAAGUGACGCUCAGCUCCGGCCGUUGUGGGAGCAGCAUUCGACUAAGUGGAGACAGCAUAAUACCAUUCCAGAGAGUGCAGCGGAGGACAAUCUUCCAGGAAAGGCGCCUGUCGAAAGCGAGACGACCAACGCCACGCAGAUCCCGUCGUCGCCCUCCAUUGUCAUCUCAAACUCUGCGCCACUCAGCUCAGACGACACAGCAAAGCGCAACAGCGCAGACCGGAAGCGUCGUUCAACCGUGCAUCAUUCCGGCCGCCUUUCCAGCGAGAGCGACAAAGAGAGCAACAACGACAACAACAGCAACCACGUGCGCCGCUCAUCCAGUAUCAUCUCCUCCGGCACAUACAACACAACAUCAUCCUCCAACCCAACAACAAACAGCAGCGAAACCUCCCACCGAACAAGCACAGCCACUGCCUCAUCCUACACAAGCAACAAUGGCAGCACAGCCAGUUUCGCAACCUCAACGGACACCAAUGCCAAAUACCUCCCAUACCGACCCGCAGACUCUGUCCACGCAGAACGCUCCCGCGCACUGAACAUGGCUCGCCGAUCAUGUCAGAUCAAAGCAUGGGAAAUCGAGAAUCUAAAAACAUCGUUGAAGACACCAGCUCCAAAGCCAAUAGAGCGACGUCCGAGCUUGCCGAAAUCUGGUGCUGCGAAAGAAGCGAUCGAUCGGUACUCUGGAGGUUUGAGCUAUAAUUGGACUCCCGAGUCGGGCAUUCGAGGAAGUGCCGGAACGCAGAAUUUCAAUGAGAGUGGAAAUAAGAAGCUGGGAGUGAAAAUGAGUCAGGAAUGGGGGCUUGACCUUACGGAUGUACCGAUCUUUUUGCAGAAGAGGAAGUGAGAAUGUUGACAUGUUUUAGCGAGAAGGCGUGAGCUCUGCCGCACAUGAUCGAUUCAGAGAUGGAUUUGGAGGCGUUGAGGGAAAAGAAAACAUAAAGCAGAGUGUGUACAGAAUGGAUGGAG